GCUCCAGGCACAUCACCGAAGCGCAAGCUCCCAGCAGUCAGCCUCUCGUCGUUCAGUUGCAUCACCAUCGAACAGAACCCCAAGAAUCUUUCCCCCUCCAGAACUGCCAACAAACUUUUCAAGAUGGCUAUGCGAAUCGUCCCCGCCGCGAACCAGCCCACAACCUUCGCCGCUGGCGCCGCCGCCCCGUCGGCCCCGGGUGUCCAUGACACCCUCCGUGCUGGCGUCGGUCAGUCGGCCUUCGACGCAAAGUCCAACGUCCCCACGAGCGCUCACCCGCUCGAGUCCCGCCUCAAGAACUGGGAGGCCACGCAGGAGAACAUGCGCAUGGAGACACUGCGUCGCACAUUUGGCCUCGCGGAGCCCAUCCGCCGCCAGAUGGAGCUCAAAAUCACUCAGAAUGGUGAAUGGCGGCCUCUCGCCCUCGGUGGCCAGAAGCCCAGCCUCCACGAGGAGAUCCUCCGCGGCAAGGACACUAGCGUCACGUGGGAGGACGUUUACUCGGGCGAGGAGAGCGUGGGCAUCGUCGGCAUGCACGACGAGAUGGAGAGGAAGCUGAAGAUCUGAGACUCCGGGCUCCGAUUCCUGGGAUGGUGUAGCAGCGGAGAGGAUGAACGGAAUUGUACAACUACGACAUGCGCAACGACUUCUGGACGGCAUGGCCAAGGGGGGCAUCAAGACCAUAGAAAUCAUUUUCGCUUGAGGGUCCGGGCUCAAGGAGAAGGGAACAGAUUGCGUUCUACUAUCCUAUGGACAAGAUACCCUAUGAAAGGUGGGGGCGUGAAAAGAGAAUCAAACAGAACAAAUAAAUAAAGCUAUGAUACGCCGCCGU